CCAUGUUACUUCAGUUCCUCCCCUGUUCUCUGGCAGAUGCAUGAAGGGAAAAUAAAUCACUUUUGCCGACCCUCAGCUAACACUCGAGACAUAGACCACAAGUCCACAGCCACUCAAGAUGACCCCAUUGGGACUGAUCUGGACAAUGGUGUGUUUGAUGACAACAGUGUCCUGCCAGACACUUUCAGAGUCCGACUUCGUCCGCUACCCCAGGAUCAACGACACAGAGGUCCUCACCUGUGAGUGUUCCAGCCGCUCCUGCCAGACGGUCUACUGGUUCCGCACUCUCCACAACAACCUCGACUUCCAGUUCCUUCUCAGCCUCAACAAUGCUGGCCGGACCAACCACGAAUCCAGUGUGGACAAACACCGGUUCCAGGCCAGUAAGCGGGAUGGGGGAAGCAAGAUGACUUUCACACUGCGCCUCAUUAACAUAAGUUCAGAGGACGCAGGGCUGUACACCUGUAUGCUCCAGAACCAGAAAGAGAAUGAGCUGUGGAGGCCAGGAGUUCUUCUCAGACCUGGAGAAACUCGGCCAACAUUACUCCCCGUCACAAAGCCUCAGCCCCAAGGCAUCCCAAACAGCAUCCCAAACGGCCGCUGCACCAAAAGCAACUAUCAGACCCCAAAAGGCUGUGGCUCCAAGGUUCUCUGGCCAUUGGUUGGAGUGCUGAUGGCCCUGGCUGUGGCUUUGAUCUCCACACUGUACUACUUCAGCCGACUACCCAAAAAGUGUCGACAUCAGUUUGCCAAGAAAGGACCAUUGGAGUAAUUCAGAGCACCCAGACUGCAGACUCAGAGACAGUGCUGUAUUUACUGUAUGUGUCCUUACAGGGAUCUCCUUCCACUUUAUGAAUCUGAAGACUGUUUUAUUAGCAUCUUACUUUUCUAUUCUUUGUUCAUUACAACGAAGAAACAGCCUGAAGUUCCAACUGUCUAAAAGAGAACAUUUAGGAUUCUGUUCACAAUGUUAAUGUCUCUGGCUAUGGAUUUGUAAUUAAGUAGAUGUUUGAAAUAAAACAACCUUUAUACUGAGCAGGUAUUACUCUCGUAUGUGCUAGUACUGCACCAAUGCUAUGCAUUCUGCUGCGGUAGCCUAAUGUUAUGAUUAUUGGAUGUGUGCAACAUGUAUAGAUGAUAAAUAAAAGCUGUAAAAAACAAAAAA